GCCCGCUAUAUCCGACACGAUCAAACCCGGCAGUUUCAAGCUGCCGCCAGUCUCUCAGCCAAGUUCCGCUGGUGUCUGACAGGAACACCAAUCCACAACAGUCUCACGGAUCUGGGGUCUCUAAUAAGCUUCCUCCGGGUUCCUCUGCUCCACCGCAAAGCUGAGUUUCACAAACACAUCGCCAAGCCAAUAGAAGACAAGAGCAGGAGUGGCACUGCUGCAAACUUUCGCCUUCUCCUUCAGUCUGUAUGCUUGAGACGGACCAAGGAACUUAUCAACCUACCGGAACCGAAGGAGAUCACCUACGACGUACACCUGUCCGAUGAGGAGACACGUCUCUACGAUAUGGUCAAGGAGCAGGCAAAGGCUCAGAUGGAAGAUGCCAUCUCCAGUUCACAGGGUUCUAAAACUAGUAAGGCUGUCCUGCAGAUGGUGAUGCAUCUGCGCCGGAUCUGCAACCACGGAACUAUGGACCAGGAUAUACAGAAUUAUGUGGUUGGCAAUGAGACUAGUGAAGACGACGGCGUGGCGGGCGCCAGAUUCUGCCCCAACUGCGACUGCGAAAUAAUGGAUGCAGGGCGGCCAACACCAGACAGAAAGAAAACUCUCUGCUUGUCAAGUCGUACGACACCGGCUGAACUCGCCAACCGUCUGGAUCUAACAGGACAUUCCACCAAGGUUUUCUUGCUGGUUCGAGAUGUCGACCAACACCAGAACUCGGACAAAUGGUGCGUACGCCGGAUACCGUUUCGACGCAUCGACGGAAGUACGAGCACAGCAGAGAGAAUAAAAAUUCUGACGGCCUUUCGAACAGACCCCAAUCUGGCAGCUUUGGUCAUGACACUCGGCACCGGCGCAGUAGGCCUCAACAUCACAGCGGCUACACGAGUGCACAUCCUGGAACCGCAAUGGAACCCAUUUGUCGAGAAGCAGGCGAUUGGUCGAGCCGUCAGGUAUGGUCAGACGAGAGACGUGUGUGUUGUGCGGUAUAUUGUCCCGGCUUCUAUUGAGAGCGUGAGUCCCCCCGCUUCCUGUCAACCAACCACUACCAGAGGAAAACUAGCGAAGCACGGACAUGGAUUUAACUCCAUGGUUCACAGUACACUAAAGACCGGCAACGGCAUAAAGUGUCUCUCUCCGGCAUAG